CUGCAGCACCCCCCAAGCUCAGGCUGGCCCAGCCUCUGGAGGAGAUGCAGCGUGUGUAAUUUACAGAGUUCUCCAGAACAGUCAGCUUUGCUGAGAGGAGAGUCCAACUGAGGAAGAUCUAGAGGCCAGAGGACAGCAGGGUCCCAGCUGGACCCCUGGAGGCUCAGACAUCAGCAUCACAGGGUCUGUGUCCCAGGCUCUAGGCACACGUGUGUUCAGGAUUCCAGGAUUCUGCAGGGUGUCAGGAGAGACUGGACUUUGGGGUCAGGACGGGGCUCAUCUGCUUGCUGGAGCCUUGAGGCUGUGAGAGCAGGUCCUGCCUGGAAGGGGUUCCCCCAGAAUCUCAGGCUGUGUCCUUGUCCCAGGCUGGGGAGGUCUGAGCCUCCGUGUGUGCAGAGACAGGACCCCUGAGCUCAGAGACCCUGAUCUGUCCCCAUCCCACCUUCACAGGAGACACUGAACAGGGCCAGCAGGCGGUUUCUAGCCCAUGAUGAACACCACAGGCUUCUCUGCACUGGACACUGAGGACUAUGCUCUGUCUUUAGAUGCAGGGGAAGUACCAUACAGUGAGAACCUUUAUCUGGACAUUCUUGAUGUCAGCAAUGAGUCAGAAUCUUCAGGAGGAAGCAGCUCUUUGGGCAUGAAGGACACUUCUGAGUUUUAUAAUAAGACUGUAUUUUCAGCAGUGGGAGAAAGAGUGAAUAAUUUUAUACCUAUAACACAAAUGCUUCUUCACUAUGAUCUACAGACACCCCUGCAUGUAAAGUUGUUGCAUGAAAACAUCACAAAGAACACCACAUUUUUGAAAGAUAUUAAAGUGAACGACUCUGAUUUCCCAGUUCACCUGGUGACAGUGCUCAUCUGCCUCCUUGGCUUGGUGGGGAACGGGGCUGUCAUCUGGCUGCUGGGCUUCCGCGUGAAGAGGAACCCCUUCUCUGUCUACAUCCUCAACUUGGCCGUGGCCGACUUCACCUUCCUCUUGGCCAACAGUGUCUGGCUCACAAUUGCUCUUCUAAAUCUAGGACUGGCUGUGCUUUAUAAGCUCACAGAAGCAGUGGAAAUCUCUUCCUUCCUGGUGGGUCUGAGCCUGCUGAUGGCCGUCAGCACCGAGCGCUGCGUCUCUGUGCUCUGGCCCCUCUGGUACAGAUGCCACCGCCCGGCCCAUCUCUCCUCCAUCCUGUGUGCCCUCAUCUGGGGGCUGGGCUCUUGCUCAGUCAUAGCCUGGUGCUUGUGUUUCUUCUUUGUGGACACUGAAUGUCCUGUAGUAUUUUUGCUCUGUUGUGUGACAUCGUUCCUCACCUUCCUGGUGCUCUGUGUGUCCAGCCUGACUCUGCUCAUCCGGGUCCAGUGCAGCUCCAGGAGGAGGCAGCCCAGCAGGCUCUACCUGACCAUCCUGCUCAGCGUGCUGGCCUUCCUGCUGCUCACGCUGCCCUAUGGGGUGGCCACCAUGGUCCACAGACUCUCGCCGUCCCCGCCCCCAUAUUACGGCAUUCUAAGGAAUAUCUUCUACCCCCUCCUGGUCCUCAACAGUGUGGUGAACCCCAUCAUCUACUUCUUUGUGGGGAGACACAGGCAGCUGCAGGGCCGGAAGCCACUUGGGGAAGUGCUCCAGAGUGCGCUGACAGAUGAGGAGGAGAUGAAGGAGCAGUGUAGUGAGGCCACUGUCCCCAGAGGGGCUGUGUGUCUCCCAGGGGCUGGAGUAGCAGUUCUCCCAGGAUCUUGUUCUGACCUGCACACAGGGCUGCCUGUGCAGCUCUAGGUGAGAAAGUCCUUGGUCACAACCCCAUUCUCUGGGGGAGUUUAUGUGACUGACAAGUGUGUUGAGCUGGCAGGCUACUGCUGGCACUAGAUUGACAGCAGGAGGCUGUGACAUGCAUCCCCAUUCCCUGCUGGCCUCUUUCAUCAGGGAGUUUCCCUCUCACAUUUGUUCAUUCAGGCUUUCUCAUCUUUCUCUUGUCUAGAGAGUGGCGACCAGGCCUGGGUACAGGGUAUCCCCCAACUGCAGGGACCUCUGUGGCUUGUCCUCAUGGCUGAUCCCACAGUCACGGUCUCUGACUCCCAUUGUGCUGACAUGCACAGCCCCCCAGGCCAUGUGCUGCAAACCCCCUCUCCUUCACCACUUGCAGAGUGUGAGCGCCUGUCUUGGGUGAACUCUCAUCUCUAAGGUGUUUGGGGUCAGGUGCUGAUACUCACAUCCCCACCUGUCGCUGAGCUGACUUCCGGUGUAUCCACAUUCCACACACAAACCCUCUGGGCAUGUCUACUCUGCAAGGCAAGUGCUGUCCUGCUCUGCUCAGACUCCACUUUGGGAGGGGGGACAUCCUGGGACAUCCUCACCAGCUGGACAGGCAAUGUCCACUUGUGUUCCCUGAGUGUCAGAUGUGAGCGUGACAGACACCAGGCCUCUCUCAUAGGGCAGCCUGGGCCAGAGAGAGAGAAUGGACACAGUUGUCCCCUCGCUGGUCCUCCCCAUCUGUGUGUUCAUCUCACCCUGGUCCUGUCUUCACCACAGUCCAUCCAUUCUCUAAGUCUGAAGGUAUCUCCACAGGGUCCCCACUCUAUACCCCCCACUGUCCUCUGGUGUCCUCUCUGCAUGCCUGGCUCCCUCCCUCUGCUCUGAGACCCUGUGCUGCUCCAGCAGGGGACACCCAGCAGGGUCCCUGUGUCAGGGGUCAGGGCCCCCUCAGCCUUGCCUGCUAAUGGGCAGGGAGACAUGGUGUCUCCCUCAGUGAGUCUGCGCAGUAGAUGUAUCUGCAGCAGGCCCCCCCCCCAGCAGGGGGAGUGGUGCCCAGACCUUGGCCAUCUGGCAGCCAGACUGUGACAUGGUGCCCUGGCCCAUCUCCCCUCAGUGUCCUUCUGCUUCCUCUUGUUCACUGGGUUUUCCUAUACACCUACAGUUGGUUAAGGGACAGAUUCCUCUCAACUUAGUUUUCCUGGUUAGGAAAAUGGCAUCCACACUUUAACUUUUCAGCUUCACACUCAUUGUGACCACACUUCCUCUUAGAGAAACUGAUGUUACUUCUUCCUGACAAUCUCCUCACAGUCUGUAAUGACCCCGUUUGGUCUUGUGUGAGCUCCCCCACAGAGGGGAUAGAUUUUGAGGUUGAGUCUUUUCUGCAUGACUCUGUGUCUGUGUUCCAGUGCAGCACACAGCUGGUUGACCCAGUGAUACUCUUUAUAACACGGAUACAUUCUACAUCCCCAUGACCACAUAUCUCCUCCUGAUUACUGAUAAUAGACUACAAGAAAAACUCAGAUGCUCCUUCAAGACUAGAGUUGCCAUUCUGCACAAUUGCCUUCUAUUAAAGAUUGCUUGCCUUAAAUUCUAAUUGUUUGCACUUUGUUGAUUACCAGUAGACAACGAGAAAAAAUAAGUUUAUGCUGUUGCUUUUAUUUUUGAGAAAUGCUGUGCCACUAAAAAUAGCAGCUUUGUUCUCCAUGAGGAAUAAAUACCAUUGUCUCUUUGUAUGGCUGUAAUAAUGUGUCAAAUACUU